AUGGAAAGAGAGGCGUUGCUAUUUCCUGAACAGCCAACCCAGACAGCCAAUGAUAGCGCAGUGAUAGCACGCACGCAAGAAGAAGAUUGCAAACCAAGAAAAGCAACUGUGGUCGCAGCCGGGUGCAAUACAUCACCAACAGGUGAAUCACCUGGUGAUCGCGGUAACGCAGCCACAAAAGCAGCGGUAUUUGCGGCGUCUGUCAAAAAUACGCCAACCUCGCAUUCGCCACAGCCGGACCGCGCAAUGCGGAAAGUUUCGAAAGCGGUACGCCGCUCCACUAUCCAGCUUUCACAAUAUCUCUAA